UCAGUUUAUAAACGCCAGUUCCUUGUAUUAUAAAUUUAUAGUCUCUCUCUCCGUCUCUCUCCCUCUCCCUCUCUCUCAUGUGAAUUAUGUAAUCUACAAUGUAAUGACAACAAAUAUAUAUAAAUGAUGGUGAUAGUUUGGUCUCUUUCAUAAGGAUCAUUCCAGCUCACCAGACUCAAGCGCUCUAGUUUUAAGCAUUUGAUCUCUUUUCUUGAUCUUGACAACCAAAUCCAUAGUCUACAUUUGCUUGAUUUGUUUUCUUCUGGUUUAACAUCUCAUUUACAAAAAUAUGAGCGUUCAUGAGAACAGCAUGCAUACUUUGUUACCUGAAUUCUUCCAAGACUCCGACAAUCAAUUCCUCGAAUCCAAUUUCUCCGUCGCCUCGCCGGAGGAUAUUUUCAGUAUUCUCGAGGCCUUAGAUGAAGUGUCGACGUCCAAUAUCAACUCAUUACCCCCGCUGUCUCAUGAAUCUCGUUUGCCCCCGCAAUGUUUUGAUAAUCAGCAGCCGGGGACUGCUCGUACAAACUUAGUCCCACAAAAUCCAUCAUUUUCUUUCGAUGCUGUUCCUUCAGAAGAUCAAAUCGGGACGGAGCUAGAGGCGGUUAGUACUUCACACAAGUCCAAGAAACAGAAGGUAGCGGUGACAGCAGAGGAAGAUGCGAAUAUCGAUGGGCAGCAGAAGGUAUCCCACAUUACUGUGGAACGCAACCGCAGGAAGCAGAUGAAUGACAAUCUGUCCGUCUUGCGUUCGCUUAUGCCUUGCUUCUAUGUCAAAAGAGGUGAUCAAGCAUCCAUAGUAGGAGGUGUAGUUGACUACAUUACUGAGUUGCAGCAAGUUCUACAAUCCCUAGAGGCAAAGAAGCAAAGGAAGGUUUACAGUGAAGUCCUAAGUCCAAGGCUGGUCUCAAGUCCUAGAAAUUUACCAAUCAGCCCAAGGAAACCCCCAAUAAGUCCUAGACUAAUACCAAGCCUACCCAUAAGCCCAAGAACACCAACUAGCCCUUACAAGCACCAUGGUAACUUGCUGCAGUCAGCUGCUUAUAACUUAUCUCCGACCAUCAUGUCUCCUAUUUCUUCGCCCUCUGUCAAUCACCACAAUGCCAUGGCUGCAGCUAACGAGCUGGUUGCCAAUUCAAAGUCCGGGGUUGCGGAUGUGGAAGUGAAAUUCUCAGGGCCUAAUCUGCUGCUAAAGACUGUAUCUGCUAGAAUACCUGGCCAAACCCUCAAGAUCAUCACAGCCCUCGAAGAUCUCUCACUCGAGAUCCUCAAUGUGAGCCUCAGUACUGCUGAGGAAACCAUGAUCAAUUCUUUCACCAUCAAGAUUGGAAUCGAAUGUACACUAAGCGCAGAAGACCUGGCGCUCCAUGUCCAGCAAACAUUUUGCUGAGCAUCGAAUGAGAAGAUCGAAAGGAAAAUGAAUGGUUAAUUGCAUGCAUGACUUAAAUGUGACUGCCUUUCUUCCGCUCUUUCUCUAUUGGGCGUCAGAGCUGAAAAUGAGGCUGCAGCUAGCAAGCAAUAAUACAACUGAUCACUGCAUGUGGGGGAAUUUGGAAGUAUUAUCUUUACUUUACUGCGAUUAGUUUUUGCUUUUUCAUCUAACUAGUCCUUUUGUACCAUCCUGUAGUUUCUCAUUAAUGCAAUUGUUUAAUUAAUCAAA